UCUUCUUUUUAUCAAGUACAAGUCUAAAAACGCCUCCAAGAACAAAACACUCCACUGUUGCUCCCACCAAAAGCAAUGGCGGCGCUUUUGUCCCACCCCACCGCCGUUCGAUCAUCAAACGCAGCUUCUCUCUCUUCUGCCUCGUAUUCCUCCAUCUACGGCCAAAAUUUCCGCCAGUCUGUGCAAUUACUCGGCGCCUCAGUGUCUUCUCCGCCUACUUGUCUGGUGAUCCGCCGUCGCAUCUCCUCUCAAGCCUCCUCUGCGACUUCUUCGUCUUUAUCUUCCGCAAUUGGGAAAGCAAAAGCAGAGCCUAAGGACUUUCUGCACAUUGAUGACUUUGACAAAGCAACUAUAUUGAAGAUCUUAGACCGUGCUAGAGAUGUCAAGGCACUUCUAAAAUCAGGGGAGAGGACAUUCCUCCCAUUCAAAGGCAAAACAAUGGCUAUGAUCUUUGCCAAGCCAUCCAUGAGAACACGGGUUUCAUUUGAAACUGGAUUCUUCUUGCUUGGUGGCCAUGCUUUAUAUUUGGGACCAGAUGAUAUCCAGAUGGGGAAGCGGGAGGAAACUCGUGAUGUUGCUCGUGUGCUGUCUCGCUAUAACGAUAUUAUUAUGGCACGCCUUUUUGCUCAUCAGGACAUUAUUGAUCUGGGUAAAUAUGCGACAAUACCAGUGAUCAAUGGGUUGACAGAUUACAACCAUCCUUGUCAAAUAAUGGCUGAUGCACUCACAAUAAUUGAACACAUUGGACAGUUAGAGGGCACCAAGGUUGUCUAUGUUGGAGAUGGAAACAAUAUUGUACAUUCUUGGCUAUUGAUGGCAUCAGUAAUUCCUUUCCAUUUUGUGUGUGCCUGCCCUAAAGGUUUUGAACCAGAUGAGAAGACAGUUGAGAAGGCACGACAAGCUGGAAUCAGCAAAAUUGAGAUGACAAAUGAUCCAAAGGAAGCUGUUAGAGGAGCUGAUGUUGUGUAUUCAGAUGUGUGGGCCAGCAUGGGGCAAAAGGAAGAGGCUGCGUAUCGUCGCCAAGUGUUUAAAGGUUUCCAGGUGGAUGAAGGCCUUAUGAAGUUAGCUGGACCAAAAGCUCUAUUUAUGCAUUGUUUACCAGCAGAGAGAGGGGUGGAGGUUACCGAUGGAGUUAUUGAAGCUCCAAACUCGGUUGUUUUCCCCCAAGCUGAGAACCGCAUGCAUGCGCAGAAUGCUGUAAUGCUUCAUGUGCUUGGCUUGUAAUUGUAUACUGCUCUAUGCAAUCGUCACUCUGUCAUAAGUCCUAGCCAAUCGGUUGUGUUUCUAGCUUUCGUUUUUUUUAUCUUGAACAGUAGUAUAAACUUACAUUAGAGUUUGGUUUCGCAUGUUUCUUUUUUGUUAGUGUCGGAGGAUGGAACUUGAACUUCGAACUUAUAAUUAGCUGUUAUCCUUUCUUUUC